AUGCCUAUUGACACUAAAGAAAACCUCUCACACGACCAACAAAGAGAUGUAUGGCAAACCAACAUCGUACCCAUAACUAGCCAAGUAACAAAAGAAAACACACCAAGAAAUAUAGGAAUUAAAAAACCUAUAAUUGAACAAAACAUACCAACAUCAUAG